AAUGACUGGGUCUUACUAUUGCAAUAUCCCUUUGCAAAACUCCUUUUUAGGUCAUAACUGAGUGACGGAAAUAAUGUAUAACCAUAUUAGGGGGGAAAUUCAGGCAGAGAUGUUUACAGAGGAUCCAUUAUCUGAUAGUGACCAACAGUAAAAGUUUAACAGACUUGGUAGCUUGUGCUGUUCCUGAUGUUUGAGCAGUAACACAUGACAACGGAACAACUAAUGCUGCUCUCAGAAGAGAUUUAUAAACAGGAUAUAUCAAACCCAAUAGUUUAUUACAGGACUACUGACUUAAUGCAGUGUUGUUCAAUCCUGGUCCAGGAGACCCACAGGGUGUGUAGCGCUGUGUUCCAGCACAGCCCCCACACCUAGGUGAUGAUCCAUUCAACUACCUGAUCGAGUCAACCAAUCAACAAUCCCUUAGUUGGUUGAAUUGAAUGUUAUAAUAGCAAGUACCUGGCUGCUCUGAGGAUUUAAAGACAAAACACAAGGUUGUAGUCUAUUUAUUGGACAUUGGGACUGAAAUAUGAUAUACAUAUUAUAAAACUUCAUUUUGAUGCCAUUGUUUAAUCAUAUCUCUCCACACUGUUUUAAUGGUCAUUCACCUACAUGGAAAAUAGGUUAGAUCUAUAUGCAUAGCCUACUACAGUAGGCCUGGGCAGCAUUGCGCUUUUAGCAAUUGUUCUAGGAAAGAAAUGGUUCCCCGCCCCUCAAGGUUACAGAGGAUUAACUCCUAUGACGCGCUCAGGCGUUCUGGAUGUCACUGAAUCCCAUUCAUGCCUGAAUGUACAUGUACAGCCGCGCAAGAGGCUGAACCAUAUCCCAGGUGCGCAGACGUUUCUUUCUGUGUGUUUGAACUACUUUUUAGUCCAUUUUGCUGUAGCAAGAACAAUGGGCUGCGCAAUAUCAGGGCUGGCACCGACAACAGCUGGAGAGUCUAAGACAGAGGAUUCUGUUGCGCAUCUCAGCAAGGAGCAGAUUGAGAUGAUCAAAGAGUCGUGGAAAGUUAUCCAGGAGGACAUUGCAAAAGUUGGAAUUAUUAUGUUUGUCAGGUUGUUUGAGACCCAUCCAGAAUGCAAAGAUGUAUUCUUCCUCUUCCGAGACGUGGAGGACCUUGACAGGUUACGGACCAGUCGGGAGCUGAGGUCACACGGCCUACGAGUGAUGUCCUUUAUUGAGAAGAGUGUGGCCAGACUGGAACAGCUGGAGAGUCUGGAGGUUCUGGCUGUGGAGCUGGGGAGGAGCCACUACCGCUACAACGCCCCACCCAAAUACUACAGUUAUGUAGGAGCAGAAUUCAUCUGUGCUGUCCAGCCCAUUCUCAAAGAGAGAUGGACCCCUGAGCUUGAGGAGGCGUGGAAGACCCUUUUCCUGUACCUAACCAGGCUUAUGAACCAAGGCUACCAGGAGGAGAGGAACAGACAUCAGCAGGUGGGAGCCUCCCCCAAUGAGAGGAACACUGCCUUAUAAGAGACCUGGCUGGCCCAAACUCAAGAGAUGGUUGAACAUGCACACAGCCAUGUUGCUGAACUGUGUAUAUAGUGUAUUUAUUACUUAGUGACUUUUUUCUACUUUGCUCAUGUUAUCAGCCUACAAUGUAAAGUCAAACUGUCUAUUCCUUAUUUUAUUUCAAAUCUAUUUCAGUCUUUAGAUCAACAAACCACUGCCAUAUUGUCAUUUAUUUUGAAGAAAAAAAAAAACAGAUCAAUUUACAUUAACAUCAGCUGUAUUCCUCAUCAAUGACAUUCUGAUACAGUAACAUAAAUGACAGAUGAAUGUCAAAAGCGGCAGCUCUGCGUCUGUCUGUCACAUUCACUGGAAAGUCAUAAUCCUUACAGAGCAUUUCCAUGGUUAGGUGUACACCCAGUAAGGUGUAGUGAUAGUUUUUGAUGUGGUUAAUAACACAUUUCUCUCUGUAUCCAUAAAUCAAAUAUGCCUUUCAGCUGCCAGUAAAUAUACUAAGUCAUUAAGUUUCAAAAUACUUUCCCCUUGAUCAAUAUUCCAUCUUGACACAUCCAUCCCACAAAUUAGAUGAUUAAACACAGGAAACAGCACAUUUCUAAGUACCAAAGCAGCCUCGUGUCAGCUAACUUUGGGACCCUUCCUCUACAGCUUGCCUUACAAAUGAAUUUACA